AUGCGCCUCCUCUUGCUCGCCGCAGCGGCCCAGGCCCUCGCCGCGCCGAAGACCGGCGCCUACCAGCGGACGUCCUCGACGACGAAAAACAUCAUCUCUACCCUCACGAAGGUCGUCAACCUCCAGGGCGGCCGCGGCGAGGCGGACCUCGCGCCGCGCGCGCGCCAAUUCGACACGCUGAGCGGCGCCGCGGUGAAGGAGGGCCUCGCGGUGGACUUUGGCAACGAGUACCUGUGGAGCGGCAAGAUCACGCCCGAGCUCUACGACGAGGACUGCGUCUUCACAGAUCCGACGCUGAGCUUCGCGGGCCUCCGGACCUUCGAGGCGAAUCUGGCGAACCUCGACUUCUGGAUCGAGAGCCUCGUGCCCGAGGGCCGGCGGCGCGUCGACCUCUUCGACCUCGCGCUGGUCCCCGGCGCCACGGAUCGCGUUCGGGCCAAGUGGCGCAUGCUCGGCGCGCUCCGACUGCCCUGGGGCCCCGUGCUCGACUUGAACGGCACGACGACCUACACGCUCGGCGGCGACGGCGGGCGCAUCUCGUCCUACGACGAGACCUGGGACAUGACGGCCGGCGACGCGCUCGGCCAGCUGCUCCGGCCCGGCGCGACGACGCGGAUCAAGGAGCCGCCGUUCUGGCCCGGCCGCGCGACGGGCGCGGCGCCGCCGGCGCCGGGCGUGACCUUCGGCGCCGGCGCGCCGACCUUCGUCGUGCUGCCGGGCUUCGGGAACGACAAGGUCGACUACUCGGAACCGCUGGGCUUGGACGAGGAAUGCGGCCUCGUCGCCGCUUUAGAACGGCGGGGCUUAGCCGUCGAGGUCGUCGACGUGGCCCGCGGCGACUGGCUCCAGGUGCUGACCAAGGGCAUCUUCGACGGCGACUUCUUCAUUUCCCAGACCGCCGCCGCGGACUCGCCGGCCUUUUCCUGGUACGCGGACGCGGUCCGGGCGACGCUCGCCGGCGUCGACGGCGACGUCGUCCUCGUGGGCCACAGCGCCGGCGGCUGGCUCGCGCGCGCGGCCUGCCUCGACGCGGCCGUCGCGGCGCGCGUCGCCGGCGUCGUGACCCUGGGGUCGCCGCACCGGCCGCCGCCGCCGGGCGUCGAGUGCGCGACGCGCGGCGUCGUCGCGGCGGUCUUCGACGCGCCGCGGACGCCGGGCGUCCUCGUCACCGUGUCGUCCGACGCCGUCGCCGGCGGCGACUCGGCCGUCGCCGCCGACGGCUACGGCCGCGUCUGCGGCGACUCCUCGGGCGUCGGCGACGGCGUCGUGCCGCUCAGCGCCGCGCACCUCGACGACGCGGACCUCCAAAUCACGCUCGCCUGCUCGCACUCGAUCAACGUGCCGGGCACGUCGGACCCGACGGACGACUGGUACGGCGCCGAGCGCAACGUCGACGCGUGGCUCGGCCCCCUGCAGCAGCUCCUCCGGUCGAAGAAGGCCGGUUUGCCCGCGUGGGUCGCGAACCUCCUGCCCGCGUGA